UGAGUUUUGUAAGCGCGCGGUUUUUCCCCCAUUUUUCUUCAGAGCUUUGGGAGUGGAAGUACUAUAAAAACUGAAAUUUCUAACACAAAACUUCACUGAAAUCUCCUGCACUGCAAUUCCCGUCGGAACUUCUUCACUGGAACAAGAACAAAAUUUCCAGAUCGGUUUCUGAUUUAGAAAUCUUCGUUGUUCUCUCAGGAUUGAUUACCUGGUCUGAAAUGAGCAAGUCUGAAGGAGAUGAGAAGAUCUUAAGCUACAAUGAUGUUGUACUCAGAAAAGCAGACUUAGACAUCCUUAAUGGUCCAUGUUAUCUGAAUGAUCGAAUCAUCGAGUUCUAUUUUAGCUAUCUAUGCGCAUGCCAUCCUUCCGAGGACAUCCUUCUAUCUCCACCUUCAAUUGCUUUCUGGAUAAUGAACUGCCCCGACACUGACGGUCUCAAGGAUUUCCUACAACCACUCAAUCUACUCGACAGGAAUCUGGUAAUCUUCCCAGUCAAUGACAACAAUGAUGUUAGUAAAGCUGAAGGUGGAAACCACUGGAGUGUUCUUGUAUUUUACAGAGAAGCAAACUUAUUUGUUCAUCAUGAUAGCUGCAAAGGGGUGAAUAAUUCCUCCGCCAAGCGACUGUACAGAGCUGUGGCUAGAUUCAUGGGUGUUACGAAUUCGACAUCCGAACCCAGUUAUGUGGAAUGCAGUGAGUCUCCUCAGCAAGUAAAUGGACAUGAUUGUGGUUUGUAUGUUACAGCCAUAUCAAGAAGUAUAUGCAGGUGGUAUGAGCAGGAGAGGAAAGAGGUUGGUGGUGGAGAUGGUUUUUUAUGGUUUUCUGCAGUGGCGAAGGAGGUUACCCCAUCUUUGGUUGCUGAUAUGCGUAGUGAAAUCUUAGGGCUAAUACGAAGUUUCAUGGCUCUUAAGGAAUACCAACCGGCUUCUAAAUAACUCGCCGUUGUUAAUUUUCCAUAUGGUUCGUUUCCCCUUUAGGGCCGCAUUUGUGUUGCUAAUGGACAAUGUUUGCUCCCUCAUUGACUCAAUUUUGAAAUGCAUCGAAAAUUCAGCUAAACCCCAUUUUUUGGGGUGAAUUUGAUACAAGUUUCCUUUCAAA